AUGACAAUAGAAGGAGAAAACGCCAAUUACUACCAGUCAGGAGACUACCGGAUCAGUGGAAUCAUAUCUACAACUAAUGCUGCAUUUCAACCAUAUGAGUUCUUCAGGCCUCCAAGACAUAAAUUUCAAGGCAGCACCCCUCUGAGCUUCAGCUGCCUCUUGCCUUUCCUGUUUGCCAUUCAUGAGAUCAAUCAGAGUCCGAGGCUGCUCCACAAUAUCUCCCUGGGCUACAACCUCUAUGAGAACUUUUUCAACCCCGUAAUGACAUACGAUGCCAUGAUGGACUUUCUGUCUAUGGGGCAGGAGGACACCCCAAACUACAGUUGUGGAAGAAGAAAAAAUAUCUUGGCCAUUUUUGAAGAGGCUGAUUCUGAGCUCUUUCGUCAUGUUUCAGCCAUGCUGAACAUCUACAAAAUGCCACAGAUCAGCUAUGGGGUCAUCAGCCACAUUCCUGAGCAGAAAAAGCAUUUUCCUUUUUUCUACGGGCUGAGUCCAAAACAGGAACCUCCUCACUUGGCAAUUGUCAAGCUGCUCCAGCAUUUCCGAUGGACGUGGAUCGGCCUCUUUGCUCCAGACAAUGAAAAUGGGGAAAAUAUGCCUAGGAGCUUCUACCACAUCCUGCCCUUCUUGUGUGCUGUUCAUGAGAUCAACCACAAUCCGAGGCUCUUACCCAACUUCACCCUGGGCUACAACCUCUAUGAGAACUUUUUCAAUGCAAGGAUGACCUAUGAGGCCAUGAUGGACUUGCUGUCGACAGGGCAGGAGAAUGUCCCAAAUUACAGGUGUGGAAGACAAAAGAACCUGCUGGCAGUUCUUGAAGAGACCGAUCCUGAACUCUUUGAUCAUAUUUCUACUCUCUUGGGCAUCUACAAAAUCCCACAGAUCAGCUAUGGGGCUAUCAGCCACGUUCCUGAGCAAAGGCAUCACUUUCCCUUUUUCUACCGGAUGACUCCAAAAGAAGAACCUCCUUUCUCAGCAAUUGUCAAGCUGCUCCUGCAUUUCCGAUGGACGUGGAUUGCCCUCCUUUCUCAGGACAAUGAAAGGGGAGAAAACUUUAAAAGGACCUUUGCAACUCUUCAUCCGCUCCUGAGAAACUUCCAAAUGCACAAUCUUUCCAGAGAUGGGGUUCAUUUGGAUGGAAAUGGAGUUCCUGUGGCUGACUUUGAUAUCAUGCACUGGACAGUGUUUCCCAACAAGUCUGAAGGUGGGGUGAAAGUUGGGGGUGUGGAAAGGGAAGCCUCCUCCGGAGUCGAGGUCUCCAUCAAUCGGAGUGCCAUCCUAUGGCCAACCUCAUUUAACCAGAUGGUGCCUUCUUCUAGAUGUACAGACAGUUGUUCCCCAGGAUACGCCAAGCUCAUGAGAGAGGAAGCCCCAGUUUGCUGCUACGACUGUUCUCUGUGCAUGGAAGGAACAAUCUCUGUGCAAGAAGAUGCAGCCCAUUGCAGCAAGUGCCCAGAUGACCAGCAUUCCAAUGAGGAGCGAGAUCAAUGUGUCCCCAAAGUGAUUACCUUUUUGUCAUAUCAAGAAACAUUGGGUUUCAUCCUGGCUUUCUUUGCACUUACUUUGUCUCUAACCACUGGCUUGGUUCUGGGAAUCUUCAUUAAAUACCGGGAAACUCCCAUCGUCAAAGCCAACAACCGGGACCUCACGUACAUUCUCCUGGUCUCCCUCCAGCUUUCUUUCUUGACCUCCCUUCUCUUCAUUGGUCAUCCCAAAAAAGUGACCUGUUUUCUUCGACAAACCACCUUUAGUGUUGUUUUCUCAGUUGCCGUUUCUUCCUUGCUGGCAAAGACUGUCAUGGUGGUGGUGGCAUUCCUGGCCACAAAGCCAGGCAGCAGGAUGAGGAAAUGGCUGGGGAAGAGUCUGGCCUACUCCAUUGUCUUGUUCUCCUCUGGUAUUCAAGUGGGCAUCUGUAUCAUAUGGCUGGGAAUCUCUCCCCCAUUCCCAGAUUCCGACUUGCAUUCUCAACCAGGACACAUCCUGCUGCAGUGCAAUGAAGGCUCAGUCAGCAUGUUCUACACUGCCCUUGGCUACAUGGGCUUUCUGGCUUCCAUCUGCUUUCUGGUGGCUUUUAUGGCCCGAAAGCUGCCAGGCACCUUCAACGAAGCCAAGUGUAUCACCUUCAGCAUGUUGGUUUUCUGCAGUGUUUGGGUCUCCUUUGUCCCCACCUACCUGAGCACCAAAGGGAAAUUCAUGGUGGCUGUGCAGAUUUUCUCCAUCCUGGCCUCCAGCCUGGGCUUACUGGGAUGCAUCUUUAUCCCCAAAUGCUACAUCAUUAUUCUGAGACCUGACAUGAACACAAAGGAGCAACUAAUGAUGAAAAUCAAUGAAGGCUCAUGA